AUGCCGCUAAACGUACAGGGAGGAAAGAAGAAGCCUUUGAAGGCCGCCAAGAAGGGACCCGUCGAAUUGACGGAAGAAGAAAAAGCUUUUAAAAAGGAAAUGGCCGAGAAGAAAAAAGCCGAAGAAGAAGCUAAACAGAAAUUGUUGAAAGCCAAAAAGAAGUAA